AUGAAACUUGCACUCUUUUCCGUGGUGGUGUUCUUGGCAGCAGCUGCGAGGGUGGAAGGCCAGGCUCUGGACGUGGAUCGGCGAAUCGUGGCGGCCGAGCUGGACUCUCCUCGCAAGGUGGAGUAUUACGCGUCGUGCGCCUCCGGCCAGGGAAGCUGCGAUACAAGAGGCCUUCAGCUGCGCACAUACAUUCCCAUUGUCGCAAGAGGCCAAAGGUGCUUCAGGUGUUCGCCGCGAGAGAACAGGAACCUUCGCCUGAUGGUCUCCACUCUGCAACGUCGCUAUCCUCGCUGUUGGCAGAUCCUUGUGCUGGCGGCGCAAGACCUGCCCACUCCUUCGGCUCGCGGAUGCGCUAGCUAA